AUGUCUGAUCGAGCCUAUGAAAAGCAUGGUAUGAAUGCGGCUGCGGCAUUUAUUGAAGACUCCUCUUCGGAUAUCAGUUUGGACGAAGAGGACGAGGAAUUGAUCUGGAGAGUCUUUUUCAGUGACUUGGAAAAGGAAAAAGAAAAGGACAAGAAUACACCUGAGCAAAUCGACCUGGUAGAUGCAGGGGACACAUUCUCUGAGAGGGAGGAGCUACUGUCGAUAAGUCUGGAAGACCUACUAUUACUCGACGAUCAAGAGUUGACAAGUCGAUAUAAAGAUCUUAAGAAUAAUGCCAUUGAUACGAAUUUAUCGGAGGAAGAUCAGAAACGAUUGCUCAUUACAAACUUUACGAACGACCAAAUGGAGAGAUUUGAAGCAUAUAGAAGACUGACAAUCAAUAAACCGGGAGUAAAAAGAAUUUGUAAUGGAGUCGUGGGUCAUUCUGUUUCUCAGGUUAUAGCGACCGUGAUGGCUGGUGUAGCAAAACUGUUCAUUUCAGAGAUUAUAAGUAAAUCUUUUGAAGUGCAAGAAAGGGAUAAUAAAGGGAAGCUUUUGUCCGAUAUCGAGCUAAAGAAGAAGCAGAAACGAUCGGACAUUGAAAAUGGCCAACCUGAAAGAGAAACGAAGCGUCCUCGAUUGCAGUAUCAAGGUGACAUUAAUGCACCCCUUCAACCCAGUCACGUAAGGGAAGCUUUCAAAUUGUAUGAAAAAGAGUCAUCAAGUGAGUUACCGAGAACUGAUUAA